AUGUCACAGGAAGUGGAGAACACCCCCCAUACUUCCGAAUUGGCACAGUCACUAGCAGUGCCGACAUCCGAAAGUGCUCGACAGAAGCAGAGAAUUGCUUCGCUAGAAGAAAAGCUACAGUCGCUGGAGUCAGGGCGUGAGGCCAAACAAAGGGAGAUAAACUACUAUGUAUCGAAAGGAAGAGCCAUCAGGCAUAUAGUUUCACUAUUCGACAGCAUCAAAGAUCUGAUAGUGGAGAAUGAUCGAAGGUGUGAUAGCAACGAGUUGGACGAAAAUUUGACUAUUGACCAGGAACGUUUGCAAGUUGGAUACAUCACCCUCAACCAGGCCCUCCUGUGGUUUCAUAGUAGGGCCUCAGAGGUGGAGUACGAUGAAUACUCUGAAAUGCUGAAGAAGCUCAGACAGGGGGCCGAUGCUGCUCAAGGUGAUGACACAUCAAAACUUAAGAGUCUCGUUGCUGGCUGGCUCAACCGCGAAUUCAAACCCACUCCCCCCAUCGACCCCGAUGACAAAAACUGUCGUGGUUUUAUCAACGAUGCGUGCGGCAGGCUACUCUGCCCAACCGAGCUGGACUGGAACAAUCCAAGAGUCAAAGCAGGGAUAAGGGAUCGUGCAGAUGGCUAUGUCGUGACCAAAAUGUCCUGGCCAGCUUUUUUGUAUGAAAAAUACACGGCUGAUCAGGACAAUCUAGAGGAGGGCCUCUUCAAGAGCAGUCUUUUGAUUCAGGCAUUCAAGGCUAUAUUCAUGUCUCCCUCUUCCGCAAAGGAGGUUACCGGUGACGGCGAUGGUGCUAAUGUCACCGAAAACUGCCGAUGUGCAAAGAACCUUGACAGGAAAGUCAAGACACAUAUUUCUUUGAACUGGCCCCCUGGUCGACUCGCACAGCAGAAAGUUGACCGACUCCUAGCGUGGUGGACAAGGAAAAUCUUCGGAACAAGUCGCCACGCAGAACUCACUGAGGGAGCGAAGGCCAAGAUGUCUGUGAAUGCUCUCGCAAGGCAGAGAGCACAAAUGGAUGAUGCUCUUUUUGAUUCCGAAUAG